AUGUCAGAAGAAGGGAAGCAUAAGAUCGAGAGAUUUGGAUCAGGACUUCGGAAGGAGAACGGUGACUAUUUUGUUGGGCUCUUAGCAGCGCGACUUCCUCAUGGCAACUCCUUUUCGAAAGACGACGUUGGACAUAAGAGCCACCCAACGGUAGGAUUCAUGCGGAGAUCGAUCACAUUCUCACCAACCGAGGUGCUACCUAAUGGACUUCUCAGUGCUACCAUUCUUCAAUUCACCAAUCUAAAUGCAUCACAUCUCUAG